AUGCCUGCGCCUCCUCCUCCUCUCUACUGCCCUCCCGGCCUGGAAUACCUGACCCAGAUUGACCAGAUAUUAAUUCAUCAGCAGAUUGAACUUCUUGAGAUUAUUACUGGCUUUGAAACAAACAACAAAUAUGAAAUCAAGAAUACGUUGGGGCAAAGAGUUUACUUCGCAGCAGAGGACACCGACUUCUGUACCAGGAACUGUUGUGGACCGUCGCGACCUUUCAACAUCCACAUUCUUGACAACCUGGGCCGCGAGGUGAUAAACUUGCAGAGACCCCUCAGAUGUUCUUCAUGCUGUUUCCCUUGCUGCUUACAGGAGCUGGAAGUUCAGGCUCCACCAGGAACACCAGUGGGUUAUGUUGUCCAGAACUGGCAUCCCUGCCUGCCCAAGUUUACCAUUCAAGAUGAAAAAAGAACAGAUAUACUGAAAAUUAUUGGCCCAUGUGUUGUCUGCAGCUGUUGUGAGGAUAUUAAUUUUGAGGUGAAGUCCCUUGAUGAAACUUCACCUGUUGGGAGAAUUUCUAAGCAGUGGACUGGUUUUGUGAAAGAAGCAUUUACAGAUGCAGACAAUUUUGGCAUCACAUUCCCAAUGGACCUUGAUGUAAAAAUGAAAGCAGUCAUGAUUGGUGCUUGCUUCCUUAUCGAUUUCAUGUUUUUUGAGCAUGGUGCAGAUAAUAAACAGCGAACAGGAGUUUGGUAAUGAAAUCUAGAACUUUUUGUUUAAAAAGAAGAAGAAAAUAAGUUGCCUGACUUUCCAGUGGAUUACAGAACUCGAGCGAGAAUG